CGCAGGGCGGUGGGUGCCGCGGGAGGCUGCUCGGUGCCGCCGCCGCCCGGGAAGGAGGUUAUGUAAGGGGGGAGGGAGGCGGUGGGAGGAGGAGCAGGACGCCUCGCCGCCGCCGCCGUGCAGCCGGGCAGCCGCAGCCAGCCGGAGCCGGUGUCGGGGCUGGGGCGGCCGCAUGUGCGAAGUGGGGACGCGGCCGCCGCUGGCCGCCGAGCGCGGGGAGCCGCCCGGGGGUGCCGCCGCCGAACGGUGCCGCGACAUGGGAGAACAGCCCAUCUUCACCACCAGAGCCCAUGUCUUCCAAAUUGACCCCAGCACGAAGAAGAACUGGGUUCCUGCAAGCAAGCAGGCUGUAACUGUUUCCUACUUCUAUGACAGCACGAGAAACAGCUAUCGGAUUAUCAGUGUGGAUGGAGCCAAGGUGAUCAUAAACAGCACAAUCACACCUAACAUGACCUUCACUAAAACAUCACAGAAGUUCGGCCAGUGGGCAGACAGCAGAGCAAAUACUGUGUUUGGUUUGGGUUUUCCUUCCGAGCAGCAGCUGACAAAGUUUGCAGAGAAAUUCCAAGAAGUAAAAGAAGCUGCCAAAUUAGCAAGAGACAGAUCUCAAGAGAAAAUUGAGACCUCAAGCAAUCAUUCCCAGGAAUCUGGACGUGAAACACCCUCUUCCACUCGAGCAUCUAGUGUGAACGGGACAGACGAUGAGAAGGCAUCACAUGGAGGUCCUGCUGAGGCACAUCUCAAGUCUGAGAAUGAUAAAUUAAAAAUUGCUCUAGCCCAAAGUUCAACCAAUGUGAAGAAGUGGGAGACGGAGCUGCAGACACUGCGGGAGAGCAACGCCCGGCUGAGCACAGCGCUGCAGGAGUCCGCAGCCAGCAUUGAGCACUGGAAGAAGCAGUUCUCAGCCUGCAAGGAGGAAAAUGACCAGCUCAGGGGCAAGAUUGAAGAACUGGAGGAACAGUGCAAUGAAAUAAAUAAAGAGAAGGAAAGAAAUGCACAGCUGAGUAGACGUCUCCAGGAACUGGAAACAGAACUUCAGGACAAAGAGCUGGAACUGGAAGAGCUUCGAAAGCAGGGUGAAAUUAUACCACAGCUAAUGUCAGAAUGUGAAUCUGUAUCUCAACAAUUACAGGCUGCUGAGAAAAAGAACAAAGAUCUUGAAGAGAAAGUCAGAACACUAAGGACAGAAGUCGAAGAGAGCAAACAUAGGCAGACCAACCUUAAAACUGAAUUAAAGAAUUUUUUAGAUAUACUAGAUGGGAAGAUAGAUGAAUUACAAGAUUUCCGACAAGGACUGUCUAAACUCGGGGUUGACAAUUAGAUGGCAAUAGAUUUUUUUUUGUAAUCUAGGGUCUGGAUGUUUGAUGUUUUGUUGAUCCCAAAUGUGUGUUUUACAAAAUAUAACUAGAAUGUUCCACUUGUUUGCAUUGGUUUUGUACAUAGAGGCUGCAAAUUUGCUGUGGGGGUUUUGGGAUUGUUUCUUUCAUCUGUUUUGUUUAUUUUUCAAACCAAUCGUGCUGCUCACUGAAUUUUGUUGAGAUUAGAAACUUCAUAUAUUGCUGCUCUGGCUUCGUGGGGUUGGGAACAGGUAGAGGGUUCCGUCUCAGGAAUCUGGAACUAGAUCUACCUUAAAAUGAAUAUGCAGUUAGUUGUUGCAGGGAAAUUUAUAUCUUUCUUAAGGGCUGUUGCAACCAUAGAAACAGAAAACUAGUCUUUUUCUUGUCUGGACUAUCGGCAAUCCUAAACAACGUCAACUUUUAUUCCUUGGUGGAGCAGAGAGAAGAUUAGAGAUUAGCUGGAACUCCUGCAGUGUGUAAAAUGUGCCUGUGAUGAGCUUCAAGUGAAUCACUUCACACAGGUCUCAGUAUCCUUAGGGACCAUGUCAAUCAGGCCUGAUUCACCAAAAAAUAAAUCCAGUGGAGAUCAGAUAACCUCCAAUAUAGGUUGCAUGUGCUUGUCUGGACCCAUACAGCACAAAGUCAAUGACAUAGAAAUGUAUUUCAGCUCUUCAAGUCAAGCAUCUUACUCCGUAGGUGAGGACAGCUUCUCUUGCUUGGCAAGGCCAUCUCUCCUUGGCCUUCAGUUUUGAACCCAUAUAGUGCCAUCAUUAUGUGCAUCUCUGAAAAAUGCCCACCUGAGUCUUGGGACCAGAUAUGUAUUUUAGAAAGUGAUAUGUUACUGGCUUCCACACAGGGUGCGUGCACCUCUGUGCAACUUGAUCACUGUUGAUUAACUUCUGCAGUAGUGAAGGGGACAUUGAUCUGAAAAGCAAUAUAAGGUUUCUUGAAGGUGUUGCUCAGAAGCAUGUUUCUGUCCAGGAGUCUGGCAGGGUCAUGACCACAUGAAAUCAAAAUCCUUUCCAAUGAUUUAUGCAUUCUCACCUUGCGUGUCUUUGACAGGGUGGGAACUGGUUACAAAGGUAGACUGUCCAAAAAAACCCCAACCCAAACAGCAGAAAUGCAGUUGUAUGCUCAAACCGGUUAUUCAGCAGCUCUAAGCAUGUGUUGAGAAAUGCAAGGUCAUACACUGGGCUCCAGUGAGAAGGAAGUCCACUUUGUCACAGACAGGGAUGUAAAAAUGGCCAGAGAUAAUUCAGACCAAGUUUUGCUCUUGCCCCUAUGACUGCUUUCAGCUUCUUUCUCUUCUUUCUCCAUAACAUGGUUUGAGAAUCUGUUUACAUGGGAUCUGAAUUAAUUCAGGAGAGAACUUUUGUUUAUAUGACAUUAUUAUUUGCUGAAUUCAGGUGAAAGGUGAGUUAAGCACAGUGUUAGUGCAUUCCAGCAGUGAUUGAUAUAAAAUGGUCAUGCUUUACUUAGGGGCUUUUUUGUUUUCUCAGCACAUCUCAAUUAUAAAAGUGACCUUUAAAAGAAAGGUGAGUUAUUAUGAAACAUGCAUUGCGUAUCUUUUACACGUGGAUAUAUAAUGCCUGUACUGGAGAUAGGUUCUGUCUGCAAUUGUCCCUUGAAUUUUUAUCUGUUACCAUUGCAUUACCUUCAAUCCCUGGUUUUUAGACUGGACUACUUUGUGUAUUUUUGCUUUUACUCCUUUUAAACAAUGAUGUGAAGCCAGGACCUUGCAUUGUGACCUCUUUAAAAAAAAAGUGUCGUAGGCUCUUGAUAUUUAAAAAUAAAAAUACAAAUAAAAACACAAAUAAAAACCAGGUCCAUAGCAUGGAGGCGUGUGAAAAUUAGACUUUGCCAGUAGGGAAGAGUCAGCAGUUGCAUAAUGUGGGGUUAGAUCAGACUGCUCAAAAUUGAGAAUGACAUCAGAAACUCUGUGUGAUUGUGCACAAGUAAUCUGCAUUUUUAGGGGUUUUAUUUUAUAGCAAGUCAGAUAAACACCAUAAUUUCACAAGAAGUUAAUGGUCCUGCUUCUCCUCUUCUUCCAUGCUGCUUUAGAGUUCCUGAACUGCAGCUGAUCCCUGCAUCACCUGGGAAUCACAGGAUAACACAAGGAAGAGCUGCAAGCAGUACAGCCAGUCAGGGCCCUCCUCGUCAACAGUGGUUUAUUGCUUUUGCACUGAGGACCCUGCUCCAUCUUAUGGCUCCUUUUUCUUGUUGAGCAGUCUUAGGGCUUCCUUCCUGGUUUUAAUAUAAAAUACGACUUUUAACAGGAACCUGGGUAGAUGGGGUUAAUCCAGAUCUUUUUUUCCACUUUA